AUGGAGUGCACACCAAAUGAAGAAAAGGGGACAGACUACUUCAGCAUCAUAACGAAUUUAUUCAAUUACUUUUCACUGGGCAUCGAUGAUAAGGUAACUGCCCAGGCGCACUCGCCAGGCGUGCAAAAGUCUAGCACAGGAGCAAACCCUCACCAACGAAACAGUAUACAACAAAUAGUUUACAAUUUGAAGUUGAAGAGGACAUCCGACUUGAAGAUUUCCACUCGGUUUGGCUUGGACCCUCCGGUGACGCACAACAGAAAGGGAUUUGAGAAAGAACGCCAAGAACAAGACAAGGUUUCGAAUAACGUGCACGCCACAAAGUGCGAGGAGGGGGAAAACAGAAGAAACAGUUCGACGGAAAAUUGUCUGAACGGGUCAGGUGAAAGAAGGAAGAAAAAAAAAAAAAAAAAAAAUUCAAAAAAUAGGGACAAUCAGUACACUUCCAGUUUUGAUCUUUCUGGGGGGGAGUUUUUUCAGCUGAAGGAACAGAGUGCAAACGAAGACGACCACGAGUCCAAGGUGGACAAACAUAAAGAGAAGCGGAAGAAAAAGUCGAAGAAGCAGAAAAGCAAAAGGGAGAAGGAAAAAAAAAAGACAAAGGAGAAGACCGCCGAACCUUGCGAUGCCGCAGACAACGUUGAUGACUCUGAAUUGGAGUGGGGGAGGGAGGGCACAAAACGCAACGGAGGAUGUGACAAAACGCGGGAGGAUGAUGAAGCCCACAGGGAAGAGGAAACAGUUAACUUCGCAGACAACGAAAAGGGAGGUGUGUGUGUGCAGGAAGAAACCACGAAAAAGAAGAAAAUGAGGAGCGUGAAAAAGACGAAGAAGAAAAAAACAAGACGGGAAGAGAAGAACGUAAACGAAACGAGCUCCACUGAAAAUGACUUCGCUGAAAAUGGAUCGGCCCCAAUGAAACCCGCGAGGCUUACGAGCGAACUGAAGAAUACAUCCAACACAAAAAAUAGAAAACACAACAACACCACAUUAAGUAGCAGCUUUGUUCAACCUCCUUGGAGCAGCACUUCGGAUGAGGCAAACCUCCUACACGUCGUUGACGAGGCCGACUCACAGAUAACAGAUUUCAAAAAAGCCCAGGAUGAGCUAGCCAUUAAUUACAUUUCAGACAGCAAGAAGAGUUAUAUAAGCAUACGGAGCAGUAAUAGACAUAAGAAUAAUGUGAUACAAUUACCCAAAUUGAAUUUAUCAACGCGGGGGGAUCGGUCUUCAUCGGGUGAGGAGAAUGAGACGACGGAUGGAGGGGGGGACGACCUCACGCCAGUAGCGCAAAUGGGUCAGUGA